CCGUCGUGUGCUGUGGAAGAGUUGAUUGAUUGGAUUGGCGAAGGCCGAAGGGAGAAGAAGAAAGAAUGGGGAAGCAGCCAGUGAGGAUGAAGGCAGUGGUGUAUGCACUGUCGCCGUUUCAGCAGAAGGUGAUGACCGGUCUCUGGAAGGAUCUGCCUGAGAAGAUCCACCACAAGUUCUCCGAGAACUGGAUCAGCGCUACUCUUCUCCUCACCCCUGUCCUCGGCACCUACUGGUAUGCUCAACACUACAGGGAGAAGGAGAAAUUGGAGCACAGGUUCUGAAGCAUGAACGUGCACCUAGUCAUUCUACAAGGAGCUGAUUGUGUUUCAUACCCGCAACUCUGCUUAGAGCAUUUCCUAUAUGACUCGAAUGGAUGUUCUGAGUCAGUUCUUGAGAACUUUGUUCCUGCAUUUUGUUAAAUAAAUGUUUUGGUGAUUGGUUUCAUAAAUAACAGUGGAUAAUCGACCUUUGUUCCCUAUGCCUUUGUUGAAGAUCUACUUUUUUUUUCCCUUCUUGACCUGAUACAAUGCUUGUUCCAUUGUUCAUAUGUAUAUGUAUGAACCAACCCUCAGAGUUGGAACCGUUUGAGUGAAUCCUAAAAGCAUCUUCAAGCCCA